AUGAACCAGAGUUUGGAGUCACAUCCUAAGGCAUGCAAAGUUUCUCCCAUGACUGUCUCUCCCCUCAAAACAGACUUCAGAUGCCACAACAGUUCGUUCCCCGUCAAUCCAAAGACCUCUGAAUCCUUUGUACCAGCAGAUCUGAUUAAGAGAAGUGUGGCUGAUGAUGAGAGGCGAGGACGCUCCCCAGAGGAAGGUGCGUGUGGUGGACGCCCAAUCCACCCAUUGCAGUCUCUCGCCGCAGUGGGACCCCCGAGGAACUCAAAGCGGCCGAGCCCACUCAUGCAGUUCACCUCAGCAAUCACAUGA